AUGUUCGCCGUCCCAGGAUGGUCGGUCGCCAGCUCUGCGCUAAAGUCACAGACCGCGCAGGCGCCCCCAGCCCAAAAUGAGUCGCAAGCAGGCAAGGAUGCCCCAACAAAUGCGAAGAACAAGAAGCGCAAGCGUGGGAAUGACCGUGUUACCGCCGGCAAUGUCGAUGAUAUGUAUCGCAGGCAUAUCGAGAAGUCCGCUCGCAAGCCUGCCAACGAUAAAAAACGCAAGGAUGACAAGCAAGCUCCUGCCCCCUCCCCGAAAACGACAGAUGAAGCCAAUGCCGAAGCCGAAUCCGAAGCCGUGAAGCCCAUCGCCGACGAGACCGCGCAAGAUGAGGGAAAGCAAACAAAGAAGCAGAAGAAGAACAAGAAGAAGAAGGACAAUGAGAACCAAGCAGACAACAAGGACGCUGCAACAGCCCCCUCUAAGGAGACCGCUGCGGCUUUGGAUUCGCUUGCGCCGCCCCCGGAAACUACGGCGACGCUUACACCUCUUCAGCAAGCCAUGCGCCAGAAGUUGGUUUCCUCUCGUUUCCGCCACCUGAAUGAAACCCUCUACACAACGGAUUCUUCCAAGGCCGUCGAGCUGUUCAAUGCGAACCCGGAGCUUUUCGAUGAAUAUCACGCUGGAUUCUCUCGCCAGGUGAAGGAGUCCUGGCCUUCCAACCCCGUCGAUGGUUAUAUCCAGACCGUUCGGCGUCGGGCUGCGGUCCCUGUCCCCAAGAGGGGCCAGAAGCCUCAAGCAAACCGGGCUCUGCCUAUGCCCCGCCGACCCAAUGGCGCAUGCACAGUUGUCGACUUGGGCUGUGGUGACGGCCUCCUUGCUCGCACAUUGACCCCCUCCAAGAGAAGGUUGAACCUGAGGCUCAACAGCUAUGAUCUCCAGUCCCCCGACCCACUUAUCACGAAAGCGGAUAUCUCCAACCUGCCAAUGGAAGAUGGCUCCGCCGACGUUGCGAUCUUCUGUCUCAGUCUGAUGGGAACCAACUGGGUCUCCUUCGUCGAAGAAGCCUGGCGUGUGCUGCGCGGCGAUGGCAAGGGCGAGUGCUGGGUCAGUGAGGUGAAGAGUCGAUUCGGCAAAGUUACCCGCAAGAAGGCCCAAAUCGGAGCCGUGAAGCCGCUCAGCAAGGCCGACCAAAAGAAACAGAAGAAGAAGGGAGGUAACGAAUCCGAUCUAGAGGAAGAAGAUAUCUACGCUGAAGAUGCCCGCCCAGCCAAUCAAAACGACGAUACGGAUAUCUCGGCGUUUGUCGAGGUUUUCCGGUCCCGUGGUUUCGUUCUUCGCGAGGAAUCCGUCGACAAGUCUAACAAGAUGUUUGUCAAGAUGGAAUUUGUGAAGGGAGGAGGUGCCCCGACCAAGGGUAAACACGCCACAGGGCUGAGUGCUCCGGCUCCUGGAACCAAGAAGCGCUUUGUCGACCGUACGUCGGAUAAUGGCAUGACGCCCGAGCAAGAGGCACAGGUUUUGAAGCCAUGUGUGUACAAGAUCCGUUGA